UAUUUGACAAUGCUUAAAUAGUUUCAGAUCUUCGGUGUCGUGUUAGUCUAGUUAACGUGCUCAGAGUGUGUGUGUGUGUAUUGGCUUUUGUUUCGGUCUCCAGUUCCACAAUACAAAAAUGAAUAUCCCAACAUACAGAGCUAGAAAAAUUCUAAACAGCUUAGAUAAUACAAGGAAAAAAGAGGAUAAAGAAGAUGAAUAUGAAUAUGAAAGUAGUCCCGCUCCAUCGAUUUCUGGUGAUAUGUCGUUCCUCGAUUUCGAUUCCGAUGACUCGAUGAAGGAUCCCACAUUUAAACCAGAAGUUAAAGAUAAGCAAACGACAUUUUUCGAUCUUCAAAAACUGAGGAUGUAUUGA